CUCCUACUUGCCGCACGUGGAAAGGUUCCAAUAUGGCAGUAGCAAGGGUUUUGGUUUAUGGCGGGAAAGGAGCCCUUGGAGCUACCUGUGUGACUUAUUUCAAAUCCAAAGAUUGGUGGGUGGCUUCUGUUGACUUGUUUCCUAAUGAAGAAGCACAUGCAAAUGUGGUUGUUACCAAGACAGACUCAUGGACUGAGCAAAAUGAAGAGAUUCAGCCCAAGGUUGAGGAGAUCCUUGAUGGUAACAAGUUUGAUGCAAUAAUCUGUGUUGCAGGAGGCUGGGCUGGUGGCAGUGCCAAAAGCAAAGCUGUUGUCAAGAAUGCAGACUUAAUGUUCAAGCAGAGUGUUUGGACCUCUCUUAUUUCUGCCAGUAUCGCUUCUAAGCAUUUGAAAGAAAAUGGUAUGUUGACGUUGACUGGAGCUCAGCCUUCUCUGGGGGCUACACCAGGAAUGUUGGGUUAUGGUAUGGCCAAGGCUGCUGUGCACCAACUUGUCAAAGGACUUGCUGAUGAGAAAGGAGGUCUGCCAAGCAAUGCUUCUGUUCUGGCUAUCUUGCCCAUGACAUUAGACACACCUGGUAACAGGAAGGGAAUGCCUAAUGCUGACUUCAAUCAAUGGACACCCCUUGAAUAUGUUGCAAACUUGUUAUUUGAAUGGACUCAAGAUAGUGAUGUUCCACCGAGGGGAAGUUUGGUCAAACUAAAAACCCAAGAUGGAAUCUCUUCUUAUGAAAUUCACACCGGCGGACUUCUUUGAUAGAACUGUGACAUCGCUAACAAAAUGAUCUUCUUUGAUUCCUAUGGCAAUGAAACAACCGUUUCUACCAAGAGGUACUAAGCAAGGCCGAGCCAGGAUAAUCAUUUAGGGAAAUAUUUCCAAAUUUGUACUGCUAUAAGAAAAAUUUCACAAGACGGCAGCCUUUCCAGUUUCAUAGGAAAUUUGUUAGGGUUUACUACUAAGAUGUACAUUAAAGUGUGGGUCCAGGUUGAUCGGUGAUUAAAGUUGGGUGAACAGUUCUUACAAUUUGUCUUUUCGUAUGCAUCAAUUUUGUGGCCACGAGGGACCGUAAAUGGGAUCUUACCAUUUCAUCAGUACUUAAGGUUUCUGUUUUUUCUUAAGAUUUAUCUGUCAGCCCUUCCUUUGUCAACGUCAAAUGCAGUUCAGACGUUCGUUUUUUUUUUAAGAAUGAAUUUAGACAGCUUUAGUGGCGCAGUUAAAUGUGACCUUUUUUUUGUUUGUCUGUUAAUUUUUUUUUUAUCUGAACAAAAUCUCCUUUGAUCUUUAACUGAUUUUCCUCGGAAGGACAAACAAGGCUUUGCUCGUAGGGUAACUAACGGGAUGCCUCUGAAGAAAUGGUGCUGCUUUCAGUUGUGGGUUCUACAAUGAAACCAAUCAUGUAAGGACACCUCUAUAAAGUGUAUACUUGCACCUUUAUUCUAAGGUUAGAAGCUCUGCUCUCAGCUGAAGGGAAAAAAUACUCCUUCGUGCUUUGCAUUUGUUAUCAUCUUUGAUGUAACACGUUUACUGUUCCCGAAUCCCGAGGUUAUACCCUGCGUGUAGUUACGAUGUAAAUAACGUAUCCAUUUCUCAGAAAUGUCUAUUCAUUGUUGCAUUACAAUGAAAAGGCUUCAUGUAUUUACAACUCACUCUACGUGUAUUUACAACUGACACUUAGACUACCUUAAGCAGUUGUUAUUUUAGAAUUAAUAAACUUUACAACUAGAAACA